UAUUGAGCCUAUAAAAACAACAAAUUAGACCACGAGAAAUAAACAACUUUAUUGAUGAAUCCUAAAAGACGUCAUUUUGUUGGUUCCGGUCUGUUUGAAAAUAACAUUUUCACACCAGGCAGUCAAUGAUCCCAGAUGAUUUUGUUGCAAUAAAUGGCAACACACGGGGUUUUUUUUGACUAACGUGAAGGCGAGUUGUACAAUAUGUGGCCUACAAUUUUAUGAGUCAGAUGGGGUGUGUUUAUUAGUGAAACAACAUUAACGUUUAUCAGUUUUAGUUCUAGGCGAAGUGCUUGUCGUAAUCAGUUGAAUCACCCACACGGUCUUUACUCGACUCUUCUCCGGAUGUGAUUUGUCGACGAAAAAAUGUGGUAUCGCGUUUGUUAGUGAGUAGUGGAACAUUAUUUGCAGUAAUUAAAACAGUAUGUUUUCCUCUUGAACAGAAUAUGGAUGUGUAGUUUAUUCAUAAUUGAAUAAAAUAAGUACAAUUAAACUUGUGCCUGUGAAAUACGUAAAAAUGACGUCUUUAUCAGAGUCUCCACUAAAUAGGACAAGAAAUAGACCAGUUUUGGCUCGAUAUAAGCCUUGUGGUGAUUCUUCAGAUCAGUUACAAAGUAAACGAGAAUUGUUCUUCAAGUCGGACUCAGUGAGUGGCGGCGGCGUGAGUGCGACGGGUCCGCCGAUAGCAGCGCCGCCCGCGCCGCCCUCCGUGCUGAAGGACGCGCUCGCCAAGCGCGCCACUACGUUGCCCGACCAGCUGGAGAACAACCACCACGAGUCCAACGGCAGCAUCAGCAAGCUCAGCAACAGCGUCUCUGUGGACGCCAACAAGCCGCCCAGCUCGGCGCCGCCCCCUACCCCAGCGCCCCCCGUGCCCACCUCGGCGCCUCCUGGUGCGCCGCUGCGCUCUACAGAGAACAUCAUCAAGAAACCGGACCACCCACCAGUUGCGCCAAAACCUGAAUUACCAAAAUUAGAAAAGCCAAAAACCAAAGAAUUAGAUGGAUAUGUCGGAUUUGCAAACCUACCAAACCAAGUAUACAGAAAAGCAGUAAAAAAGGGAUUCGAAUUCACGUUAAUGGUUGUAGGUGAAACGGGGUUGGGCAAGUCAACGUUAAUAAACUCACUGUUUUUGACGGACGUAUACGAUCGGGACAAACAUCCGGGUCCUUCACUACGCGUCAAGAAAACGGUCGGCGUGGAGACCAGCGUGGUGAUCCUCAAAGAGAAUGGAGUCAACCUUACACUAACAAUAGUCGACACACCAGGCUUCGGCGAUGCAGUCGACAACAGCAAUUGUUGGCAACCUAUCAUCGACUUCGUUGAGUCGAAGUAUGAAGAGUUCCUGAACGCAGAGUCGCGGGUGACGCGCAAGGCGGCGCCGCCCGACACGCGCGUGCACUGCUGCCUGUACUUCAUCGCGCCCAGCGGGCACGGCCUCAAGCCGCUAGACGUCGAGUUCAUGCAGCGGCUCGGAGACAAAGUCAACAUCAUUCCGGUCAUCGCGAAAGCGGACACUAUGACUCCGGAGGAGUGUAAAGAUUUCAAAGAACAGAUAAUGAAAGAAAUAAGUCAACACAAAAUCAAGAUCUACGACUUCCCGGAGAGCACGGGCGAGGAGGGCGAGGUGGCGGAGGCGGCGCGGGGGCUGCGCACGCGGGUGCCGUUCGCCGUGGUGGGCGCCAACACCGUCAUCGAGACCGACGGCCGGCGCGUGCGCGGCCGCAAGUACCCCUGGGGCAUCGCCGAGGUGGAAAACCUGGAACACUGCGACUUUCUGGCGUUGCGCAACAUGGUGAUAAGGACGCAUCUCCAGGAUCUGAAGGACGUAACGAGCUCCGUACACUAUGAGAACUACCGCUGCCGGAAGCUCGCCGGCCUCUCUCACGACGGGAAACCGCACAGAAUCAAUUCCAACAAUUUGUGCCCGCAAGGAUUGAUGAACAGUUUCAUGACCGUUUGGAAUCCUUUGGCGCAAAUGGAGGAAGAAAAGCGGGAACAUGAUCUUAAGAUGAAGAAAAUGGAAAGUGAAAUGGAGCAGGUGUUCGAGAUGAAGGUGCGGGAGAAGCGCGCCAAGCUGAAGGAGUCGGAGGCGGAGCUGGCGCGGCGGCACGAGGCCACGCGGCGCGCGCUGGAGGCGCAGGCGCGCGAGCUGGACGAGCGCCAGCGCGCGCUGCACGCCGAGCGCCUCGCCUGGGAGCGCGACACCGGCCUCUCGCUCGACGACCUGCGCCGCCGCUCGCUCGAGGCCAACUCCAAGGAGACUGUCGACGGCAAGGAUAAGAAGGAUAAGAAAAAGAAAGGUUUGUUUUAAACUCGCCCAUAGUCUCGUUGGCCUCGCACCCACCGUUACUUGCGCGUGACUAACCUCGCGGCGACCGGCGCCACAUCAUCGAUCGACAGUCGGAUCCUCGGUCGCACACUGCAUACGUUUUGGAGGUCCGAGUACAAAUUAUACAAGUUUGAUUCCUAAUGUCGCGUUUUAAAUUUAAAAAUAACGAAAUAUGCCUUGGCGUUUAGCCUCUUUAUUCGUUAAUACCGAAUUACCCGAAUAAAUUCGAUCGAUGAUUGUUACUAUUAGUGCAUAACUAUGCUAAAUGAGAUUUCAUUUUCUGACCGCAUCCUUACUGCGGCCUCUUGUUUGAUAACAAAACAUACUCGACGAAAUUAUUUUUAAUGUCUAUGAUAUCUGUGACUUUUCGAACAUAAUACUAUUUAAAUACUAUACGUAUUUUAACUCUAUUCGCGUUGUAAAAUAGAUACUUAAAACCUUCUGAUUGCUAGAAUUGACAAACCUUAGUUUAUUGGGACUGUACAUAUCGAGAUUAAAUUGUUGAAACAUAACUCGUGAUUGUCUUUGUAUUUCAAAUCUGAAAAUCAGCUUUGAGUAGCGAGAUUUGUUACAUAAUAAGUUUUUAAUUUUCAACCUAACUGGGUUAUAUUAUAGUGCCAUUUUCAGUGUUGUGACGAGUAACUUUGCUGUCGUAAACACAAUAAUUGUUAUUGAAAUUGCUUUUGUCUUCUGUCCAGCAAUGUGUGUUCACAAUAAGUAUUUGUCUCACUAAUUACUGUACUUCAAACCUUUGUAUAUUCAGGUCUUAUUAACUAAAUAACUUGUUUGGUGACUCUUCUGUUUCUAUUUGAACAACGGUACACGUAUGCCUUUUUACUUGUAAUGAAAUAGAUUCAGCAUAUUAUUAACCUUAUAAAAGUUUUAAUCACUUAAAUUCAACAAUAAAUAAUUAAGUAAAAGGGUGUGCCACUGAACCUCACUUGAAAAUGUUUUGAUGUAUGCCAAAAAUAUUGUAAUUGACUAUAUUCUUGUAAUUUUACGUCACGUAUUGAGAUUUUUUACGUCAUUUGCAGAUUGGUCUUUUAAGAGUGUCGCAACUGGAAUAGUAAUAUAAUAAGGACCAUAGUCCGCACACGGCGCACUUAACUAAUUAGUAACUUAUAGUUGUAUGGACUUAGCAUAAUGAAACAACGAUUAUCGAAGACUACAGGAUGUAAUAACAUAUAACUGAUAUUGCGUUGAGGAACUUAAUACAAAAUUCUACCACAAGUCUACAUUGUAUGAGAUUACUUUUGUAUGUAUUUUAUUUAUAAGACUUUUCCAUGACAAAGCAUUUAUUAUGAUAAGUGAGGCCUAAUUUUAUACUUCUUGUGUUUCCAAAAUAUUUUGUAAUACAUAUUUUAUAUAAUUAUUUAUUACUUUUGGGGUUUGAAACUGUUUUAGCUGCCUGCAGCAUUCGACGUAGCACAAACAAUAUUACAGCUUAUGAGUAGACAUUUACGUCCAGAAAGAUGCCAAAUAGCUUAAUAUUAUAUUAACGGUAUACUUUGAUCGAAGACAGUUGUCUCAUGAUUUAUUGUAUUUAUUAUAUUAUGAUAUGUUCAUAAACACUAGAUAGACAAACUUAAUCCGGAAAGUGAAAGAUUCAGCUCAAUACUUGGAUGAAAUUAAGCAUAGGCACUAAAUCUAUAUCUUUACUGAUAAAUAUAGCAUAAUAAAAUUUCAAUAUAAUAAUAUUGGAGAUAUACUUAUGUUAACGCUUUUAUUUUCUGUUAUAUUUAUAAGUAGAGAGAGAAUACUGUAGCUAUUUGAAAAAUUCGCAUUAGGUAAAACACCAUUCUAAAUUUUAAAGCGAAUUAGAUAAGAAAUAUUUUUUACUUCUAUAUCAUUACAGUGUAAUACGAUUUCGGCUUAAUUGGUGCAUUCCACCUGCCGGAGGUUUGAUUCGCACGGCGUUUGUUAUAACUAUACAAAGUUAUAUUGUGCUUAGUGAUAUUAAAAUAUGCUCAUAGUUCAGUUGUGAAAUAGAAUCUAGCUCUAGCUAGUUGUUAGCGUUUCUUUAUAGUAACGGAUAAGGGAAUGAUGUAAGGAUCUCUCACCAACAACAAAUAUUGACGAACUCAUCGAGCAGUCUACAAUUAUAUACAAAUCUAUAUUCAUACUUUUGUCAACUCUGCUAUUAAUCUUUGAUCGACUUUAAUACAUGCUAUAAAGUUACUGUUGUUUUAAUAUCUUCUUAAGACUCAUAAUACACAUGAAUAUACCGCUUAUCGUUAGCGAUCUUAUUUUAGGUUAUGUAAAUAUUUUGUUUAGUCAUUACUAUCUUACGAGCAAAAUAUAUAUUAUCCGGUUAUGUUACAAAAUGACACGUUAUUUAUGAGACAUGCAUAAUCUUUAUUUAAUCAGCAUGCAAUUUUUGAAUACAUUUGUAUUAUUUCCUCCACUACAGUAUUGACUUCCGCGUUAAAUUUAGUACUUUAGGUAAUAAGAUUAUGCUUAAUUUUGUAUUUUGUGUAGGGUUACGGCCCACUACCAUACAGAUCAUUUGCUUAGUCAUUACGAUGGACUUGUGAUGUGUUGGGAGAGGAAGGAAGUUCAGACGAUGUAAUAUAUUGUACCUUUGAAUAAAUAUAAAUAAAUACGUAAUAUAUAGGA